CUACUCUAAACUAAAAAUGGCGGCUGCCAACGCGAUCCAAAGUAGGAAGCUGGAGUAUCCGAUGUUUUUCUUUUUUUGCCGAUUGUAGUUAAGCAUUCAACCUAUUUAUUACACUACACGCGAGCUAGAAAGUGUGCAUCGAAGGUUAAAUGAUGGACGCGACAGACCUUGGGCCCGAGGAACAAGAGAGUCAUUCCUCCACCAAUUCGUCCGUAAAACAUCACGGUGACAGUUUCAAAGCAGAAUCUGACAUCAGCAAAGACAACAGGCAUGAAACGGCGACAUCCACAGGAAGUUCACAGGACAUUCAAGAAAGUUCGAAGGACAAGGCUCAUCCUGUUUUGCUGAACAGUCGUUCAGAGGCUGAAGAGCUGAUCACCAGCGAUAUUCCAGAUGUGGCAUCCAGUUGUGGAGUGCCCAAUAAGGAAGGAGAAGCAAAAGAGCUGAGUCAUCCAACCUCUUUAUGUGAAGUCAGCUUGAAAACAGAUGAGACAGACGAGGGUGGCAUGCAAGGUGGAGGACAAACGCUACUCUUCUCGAACACGGGACACAAGCCUUUCGUGUGCGACAUCUGUUCCGCUUCCUACUGCCACGAGCGCAGCCUCAUCCGCCACCGACUGAAGCACACCGAGGGCAACACCCUCAACUGCCAGUUCUGUCCCGCGGUGUUCUACCGAAGGGAGAGCCUCAGGGACCACCUGCGGCGCCACACGGGCGAGGACCCGUUCACCUGCGAGCUCUGCUCCGCCUCGUUCAGCCACCAACGCUCCCUCAACGUCCACAUGCAGCAGCACGUCAUCGGAAAGCCGUUCAAGUGCGACCUCUGCCCCGCCGCCUUCUACCGGGAGCACGGCCUGAAGGACCACAUGUACACGCACAUGGACGAGAAGCCGUUCACGUGCGACUUCUGCUCGGCCGCCUACAGCCACCGGCGCUCGCUCAACACGCACAUGCGCGAGCACACGGGGCCGAAGCAGUACGAGUGCGAGCUGUGCCCCGCGGCGUUCUUCAGGAAGCAGGCCCUGAUCCUGCACGUGCGCACGCACACGGGCGAGAAGCCGCACACGUGCGACGUCUGCUUCGUGUCCUUCACGGACAAGUCCACCCUGAACGCGCACAGGAUGAAGCACACGGGCGAGCGGCCGCACAAGUGCCAGCUGUGCCCCGCGGCGUUCCGCCGGAGCCACCACCUCAAGCUGCACACGCGCCUGCACACGGGGGAGAAGCCCCACACGUGCGACGUCUGCGGGGCCUGCUUCACCCAGAAGUCGAGCCUGAACCUCCACGCGCGGAAGCACAGGGCGGGGAGCUCGGUCGUUUCGGACGCCGAGAAGCGUGAAACGGCGAACGUUCCGACGUCGGGUGACGUCGGCGCCGCCAUGUGAACGGUACUUUCGAGACUACCUGACACGCAUCGUGUGAUAGUGAUCGAACUUCAAAUGCAUUAUCAUCGUCAUCAUCAUCAUCAUCAUCAAUUGAACUCGUGGAGUCUAGUCGAUGUUGAAUCCCUCGUGUACAGUAACCAACGCCUUAUUUAUGCCGUGUAGCAGUGUAAGUGAAUGUACGAGCUACGUUUAGAAAGCAGGUGCCGUUGUGCCAUAAGAAGUUACGAAACAGUAUUCUUUCUUAAGCAUGUUGCCGCCUUUAUUAAGUAAUAACCAUGCCACACGAAAAAUAACUACUGUCUGGAGUAAUUCGGAUCUCGAAUGCCAUUAUUUACGAAGCCGAUGCCACAUGUUCCUCUUUAAUGACAUUUAAGCGCCACGAUGAAGGUAUGGCCCUCCUAAUAUAAUGAAUUAUGAACGAUACAACUUUUAAAGAAAAUCCAGUUUAAUGGUUUGAAAAUGCCUUCAAUACCCAUGUUAAUGGUUUAAUACCAUGUGCUUUCAACACAAGCUGCCUGCUUGCAAAUUUUUUUUUUUUUCUGUGAAACUUGAAAAUUCUUUACAAGACAAACACUCUAUCAGGUAAAAUUUCGAAAACAAACUUGUGUUGUACGCUAGAAAGUGUUUUUAUGCCAACAAAGCUUAUUACUCUGCAAGAAAUGGGAGCAAGAGUAUGAGCGGUGGUGUGGCAAUAUGCUGCUUGGGGGGGACAGCGCAUCCUGGGCCGACUUCACAAGGAACUUUGCCGACAUUUGUCAAGAGUAUGAGCAUUUCACAGCUGAAUGGGUUUUGGCCAAACCCAUAAAGGAAAAAAAAAACACUCAGCGUCUCUGCCGGUGCAACGAGAUGUAAUGUGACAGCAUUGAUCACAUACUGAAAGCAGUGUUUUAAAUGGAUCACUCAUAAAUUGCCCAGUGAAACAGGAGAUCCACUCCCACGUACAACACAAAAUUAUCUCCAGUUGCUCUCCUUUUUCGUUGUGCAGCAAAAUGCUUGGUGUGUCCUUCAUCCCAUUGUCUUUGCUAACAGGACCACAAUGGAGGAAGUUGUCCUUUUCACUGCUCUGGA